GAUGAACUCUUCCGAGUUCUCUAUGGAAUUGAGUCAUCAGGCCAGCAUCUUGAACGAGGGGAGUGGGCUGAAGAAAAGGCUAAAGAAGCUGGCCAGGCUGCUCACAGGCUCAAAAAGCCUCCACUUGCUGAUCAGGUUCAUGUGGCCUUGUGGGUAAUCAAGGGUAACGAUAUUCGAUUUGAGAAUGAUCAGUACAUGGACAAGUUUGCUUUUGUGCAACAAAAAUUGAACAGAGAAGGUUAGUUUGUCACUGUUGUUGCAUCAAUACCAUUUUUAUUAUGCCGAAGGCAGAGAAAAAUAAUUAUUGAUCUGCAUCAAACUGAACACAAUAUGAAAUAUUUUUGUUUAAUAUAAUUAUUAUUAUUAUGCUUGUAGUCCUUUUUUUUCUAACUGUUCUAGAAUUGUCACGAGCUGCAAAUGGAAUUGUGGACUGAAGAUUGAUACAAAACUCAGAAAUUUGCGUUUAAGCAAAAGCCCUAAUGCCAUUAUGGCUCUUGGUGUAAGCAGAUCAUUGCUGCUGCACUGAAAAACAACUGUUUAACUGUCCAUGCGUUGUCCAUAAUGAUUUAUAGUCCAAUCAAAACUUAAGAAAAAAUAACUCGAGUGUAUAUUCAUUUUUUUCUUGCCAGAAAUUAUAUGCGUUUAUGUGUGAAAAUAUGUAAAUAUGUAAAGACACUAAACUAAACGUCUCAGCGUCUUUUUGGUCGACAUGACCUACUUGUCGCGACAAAACUGGAAGAUGAAGAAAAGAUGCUUUGUAUGAAAUGUUUUAGUUUGAUUAAAGUUAUUUAAGGUAUUGAACGAAACUUGGCCCAUCAAAAAACAUAGCCUCUCUUGAAACAAUGUCCUCGUGAAGUCUGGGAAAGAGAAGGCGAGGCUCUCUAGGUGACGUCACAGCUCACGGCAGAGUCCAGGUUUAAACACCUGGGCCGAGUUGUUCAAAGCUGGGUUAAGAUAACCCAGGGCUAGUGCGAUAUUUGAAUUAAGAUUUGAAAGCUUAAAAAGCAUUUCAGCGUUAAUUCUUUUUGUCUACAAGUUGAUGAUUGGAAGCUCUAAAAAUAGCACAGAAAAUUACUGAUCCGAGGAAAUGCUUUUGAACACAAGAUAAAGAAACCCGGGUUAAUUUUAACCCCGGGUUAAGCGCUAAUCAGCCUUUAAACAACUCGGCCCUGGGGACUAAGCUGAACCGUACGAUUGUAUAUUUUAAAAAGGUUUUUUGUAUUGGUUCACAGGUGUCACCAUAGUUACAGCUGUCACUCACUUUGACAAGCUGAAGUCUAAGAACAAAAAUGACGUCCGAAGAAAAGCCAUGGAAGUGACCGGAAGUAGCAGAGGGAAUACGUUUCUUUUUGCCAAUUGGCUUCCUGAGGAGGAAGAUUAUGACGUGCAAAACCAGCUUGAAGUGUUGCGAAUGUUAAAAACUGCACUGGCGUGUGGAGAACGAUCUGUAAAAUCUCGACAAGUUUUGCGGAAGCUAGACAAAAAAUAA